UACUUUCUUCUCUAAUCCUUAUUUAUCCUGAUGCAUUCUAGGAAGUAUUCGUUUGUGCGCACUUCUUCUGUCAUCGCUGUUACUUGUCAUUAAGGUCUUAAUCCUGAUUCGGGUGGUGGGUGCUGUUUAUUGAUCGCUAAAAGAGACAGCUAGGAGAGAUAGAAGAGGAUAGGUACUCGGGUAGCAAUGAAGAGGAAGGUCUCUUGUUCAAAUCAAGAAUUGGUAGGAUAAUUAAUACGUGGGAAAUUAAUGCGCAUAAUCAAUGUUAUUAAGCUUUGCCGAUUUCAUUGACCUUAGUAGAGGGUAUCAUCAUGGUUCCGCGAUAAUAAAAAUGCACUCGACAUACCUAAUCAGUUGCAAAAUGUCGACCAAUAGAAGCACUAUAAACGAGAAAGAAGUCUCAUUUUUUAAAAAUCUUAGUGAAGGGUGGUGGAAAGAAGACAGUGGAUUGCAACUACUGCACGAGACUAAUAGGUUGAUGGGAGCUUUCGUACAAGAGGAGUUGUUUCGAACCGGGUUAAAAACGCAAGGUGCACGUGGUAGUGGUCAAGUGAAGAUCUUAGAAGUUGGUUGUGGGGGAGGUUUCCUUACUGAAAUAUUAGCUAGGAUGGAUUGUGAGGUGACGGCGAUCGAGGUAGUGCCAGAACUGGUUGAGAUUGCGAAAAACCACGCCUCGUCCGGUCCUGUAACCUCAAAGACCACUACUUACAUUGCGCAGUCCAUUGAAGAUCAUGCUAAACAUAACGCCAACAAAUAUGACGUUGUUGUCUCCAAUUUUGUUUUGGAACACGUCGACGAGAAAGAGUACUUCCUCGAUUCGUGCACGAAGUGCGUCAAACGAGGAGGGCUGCUUAUCGUCAGCGCGAUGAGCAAAACAAUAUGGAGCUGGUUGAUAAUAAAUCUGUACGAAAGGGUUUUUGCAUAUGUACCCAGGGGCACUGAUGAUUGGAAUAUGUGUAUUACAGCGCAAGAUACUCACAAAAUGAUACGCAAAAAUAAUUUCGAAAUAAUCGACACACGCGGGUACUUCCACAAUAUUCUAACUGGAAAGUUGUCUUGGUGGUCAUGGUGGUCUAUAGCUUAUGUUAUCGAAGCUAAAAAAUUGUACUAGCGUACAUCCCAUUUUCGAUCGAUUAAUUAUUAAAAUGUAUUACAAGAUAA